AUGCAUUCGAUACGUAUUGAACAUGUAGCAGAUUUUUUUGACGCAAAUUCGGUAACACAAUUCAAUGAAAAUUAUGAAGAUUGGGAAAAAAUUAUUGAUCAGUUGCUCUCUCAAUCACCUAAUUUCGAAAUUUUUGGAACAAAUAAUUCAUUUAAUAAUAUCGAACAACAUAAUGAAAAAUCGAUUGAUUUUUCAACGCAUCCACUAUUGGCUCCAGAAUUAAUCAAAGCUCAACUUGAAUGUACAAUAGUAUUCAAAGGUCCUGAUGGAAAUUUCUAUAUUGCUCCUUAUGCAUUCGUUCGUGAAAAUGAUACAGGUCUUGAAAUCAAAAAUUCUGCUAUUUUUGAUAUGGCAAAAGAUGCGAUUAAUGAAAACGAUCUUUUUUUUUUGAAAAUGGUUAUUUGCAAAUUAAAAAAUAUCAUGUUCGAAUGUGAUAGUAGAGAAAAAAAUAAAAUAUGUCAAAUAAAACGAUUUCCUUGCGGUACUAUCGUGAAAGUUGAUCAUGAACAAUUGUCAUCAUGGGGGAUAAAUCAGCAGAGAAAUAGUAUGAAUAGACAUGCUAAGCAUGUAACACCUACGAAAUUGGCCAAACAUCUUAAAAUAUAUACUGCAUAUCUUGUUUUUCGUCGAAUUAACUGGGAUCCUGAUGAAAAACAAUAUGUACCGGAACAAGAAAUCUUGUUCUGUUCGAAUGCAUUUACACCGCUGGACGGUUCACAUCGACCGGACCAAUACGAUUACAGUCCAAAUGAAAUACAAAUUAAACAAUCGACACUUUUACCAGCUUCAUCGCGUCAAAAUACUAAUGAAUAUGAUCUUCAAGUAUCAUAUAGUAUUCAAGAAAUGUAUAAGUGUACAGGAUUGAAAAAUAAAUAUUUCAUAAUUAAAAUACUUACUGGCAAUGAAAAAAAGUCAAAUAUUCAUCCAAAUUAUAAGUUAAUGGAUGGUCAAGGACCGGUUGAUUCAUUAUUUAUUCCUGUAAAUGAAUAUAAUUCGACUUUAAUGUUGAAAAUUACUAAAUGUACCGUUGAAGAAUGGGAAACUGAUUCUACAUUAAAUCCGACUGUACCAGUUUCAUCUGCUAAUAUUGCAACAGUUUCUAUGGCAACAGUCUAUAAUACAAGUAUGAAUAGUCUUCGUGUACAGUUACAACUAUGUGAUUACUCAAACAAUGUUCGUGUUCCAUAUCCAAAAUCAAUUGCUGUAUCUAAUCAAAUGAUUGAUGGCAAGUAUUGUUGUUUAAAUUACAAGACUCUUUCGUCACCGGAAAAUGAUCAUUCAACAGAUGACAGUUCAACAGAUGAGUUUCUUGAUGAAUCAUUAACAAAUGUGAAACGUUCAUAUGUAAAAAAAGCUGGUGAACGAACUGGGUGA